AUCAUCAACUUUUGCAAGCCGUUACAGACAUUGAACAUGAGCUUCGUGCUGAUGGAGUUAGUGUGUGGGUGUACGGUACUAACGGUAACAAUAUUUCAUCUGGGUUCCUAUCCAUGAAUGACAAGAUGAACAUCGCCAGUGAUGAAACGCCGUCUUUGCAAUAUCGAUCUGGUGUCACAUUUCAAGACUCUGCAGCUUACAUAUAUACUUCCGGUACUACAGGUCUUCCAAAAGCAGCUCGUUUAUCUCACUAUAAACUAUUAGCUGGAGGACAUAUAUUAUCUUACUUUCAACUAAGUUCACAAGAUGUUAUCUAUUUGACAAUGCCUCUGUAUCAUAUUUCGGCGCUCUUCAUAGGUCUCGCCAACGCAAUAACUGCUGGUUCCACUGUUGUCCUCAGAAAUAAAUUUUCUGCAACCAAUUUUUGGGACGACUGUCGUCAACACAACGUCACUGUUAUCAUAUAUAUAGGAGAGCUAUUUCGUUAUCUACUAGCAAGGCCAAAGCAACCAAACGAUACAGAUAACAAAGUACGCCUUGCAGUUGGCAAUGGCCUUGGCGCAGAUAUAUGGAAUGAGGUCAAAGAGAGAUACAGUAUCCCACAGAUAGUAGAGACGUAUGGUGCCACUGAGGGAAACUUUGGCAUGAUGAAUGUUGAUAACAAACUGGGGUCGACUGGAUGUUGGUCAACACUACUCAGGAUUCUGUGUCCAAUCGAGUUAGUUAAGUACGAGUAUGAAACAGCUCAACCCGAGCGAGAUGAAAACGGCAGGUGCAUUAAAGUGAAAACAGGUGAGGUAGGUUUACUCAUUUGUCCAGUCACUAAGAUGUUCCCAUUAGAAGGUUAUGUCGGCAAUAAAGAUUUAAUGCAAAAGAAAAUAUUGAAUAACGUGUUUGUGGAAGGUGAUCUAUACUAUAAUACUGGCGACUUAUUUGUACAAGAUAAUGAACACUUCUUCUACUUUAAAGAUCGAUUGGGAGACACAUUCAGGUGGAAAGGGGAGAAUGUAGCAACAACUGAAGUCUCCCAAGUUUUCAGUGAAUUCCCUGGAAUCGAAGAAGCGUGCGUGUAUGGAGUUACUGUUACCGGACAUUACGGGAAAGCUGGGAUGGCAGCAAUAUGUCACUCUGAUCGUCACGUGAUUGACUACAGCGCACUCUACAGACUGAUUACACACCGUUUACCCAACUAUGCCUGCCCGAGAUUCCUACGCGUGGUGACAGCAUUACCUCAUACAAGUACAUUUAAACAGAAAAAGACCAAUUUGUUACAGGAAGGAUUUGACCCCAAUCUAAUACCAGAUCCUAUGUACUUCAUGGACAGCCGUGCAGACACCUACUCACCGCUCACGACAACUAUGUAUUCGAAUAUUGUCAAUGGUACUAUUAGAAUAUGAUUCGUUUAUAUAACAUUCAGAAAAGUCACAUGGUGAAGGGGAUUGUGUAGUAUUAUUAUUUCCACGAUUUUUAAAUUCACUGCUAACUUUGUUAAAGGAUGUCGCGCCGCGUCCUGUUCGAUAUGCGGCGUAUACAACGAGUGUAAAAUACCUUGAUUGUUUACAUGAAAUACGAACACGCGCUGCACGACGACCUGUAGC